AUGAGUGGAUCAGAAUCCAAUUCAAAACCUUCUUUAUCAUUAAACACGACUAUAUCACCAUCGGAUGCUAUUCAACCAAGGCGGCGCAUGGUUCGAAAUUAUUUACUUCUCUGUUUAGAUGAGUGUAUGGAUGAAGUGAGCCAAGAAUAUCAACAUAUUUUGGCACAAUUAAAAACCAAUACUGAUAAUACCAAGGUCUUUAAGCAGCGAGACGAAUGUGUCGAUUUUCUUACAGAUGCUGAAGAAAACAUCAAGUCUUUCCUGAUUGUCGAGAAUGCUAUGGUUCAACAAAUAAUGCCUCUGAUUAAUGAUAUUCCUCAAUUGCAUAGUGUUUAUAUCUUCAGUAACAUUAAAUCCCAACAUGAAGAAUGGACAACAAAAUGGCAAAAAGUCAGGAACAUUCAUACCAACAUCGAUGACUUAUGCCAAGCAUUAAAAAUCGGUGUCAGGCAGUUCAACCAAGAUUCGAUAGCCAUGAGUUUUAUCACGGUAGAUGAAAUGGCUUCAACUGACAAUUUAAAUCAGUUGGAGCCAACAUUUAUGUACACCCAGCUAUUCAAAGAAAUACUUCUUGAUAUGAAACAUGAUGAACAGGAGAUCAAACAGUUUAUUAGUUAUUGUCGACAUAAUGACUGCGGAUCGUCAAAGAAUAUUGAUGAAUUUGAAAAAAAAUACCGAGCUCAAUCAGCUAUUUGGUGGUACACUUGCCCAUCAUUUAUCUAUUCUAUGCUGAAUCGUGCUCUACGUUCUAUGCAAGGUGAUAUCAUUAUUAAUAUGGGUUUUUUUAUUCAUGACCUUCACCAACAAAUUCAACAACUACAUCAACAACAACUUAGUAGUUAUCAGGAUAAGCCAUUCAUAGUUUACCGGGGACAAGGUCUCACGAAAUCGGAUUUUGAAAAACUUCAGAAAACAAAGGGUGGACUAAUGUCAUUUAACAAUUUCUUGUCCACCAGUAAAAAUGAAGAAGUGACCCUCGGUUUUGCUCAAGUUGCUUUAACAGAACCAAACAAGGUUGGCAUUCUCUUUAUAAUGUCUAUUAAUCCUUGUAUAAAAUCAGUACCAUUUGCCACCAUAAAAGAACAGAGUUAUUUUAAGGAGGAAGAAGAAAUUCUCUUCUCCAUGCAUACUGUUUUUCGAGUGGGUGCGAUUCAACAGAUGGACAAUAAGAAUCAACUUUAUCAAGUUGAAUUACAAUUAACGUCGGACGAUGAUCAACAACUACGAGUACUUACUGAUCGAAUGCGAGAAGAGGCUCAUGGUCAUACAGGUUGGCAAAGAUUGGGUGACUUAUUAUUUAAAAUUGGUCAAUUUAAUAAAGCUGAAGAACUUUAUAACGUAUUACUUGACCAAACAUCUGAUGAGGGUGAAAAAGCUAUUUAUUAUCAUCAACUGGGAUCUGUGCAUUUAAAUCAAGGUGAUUAUGAAAAGGCUAUUUGGUAUUUCGAACAAGGACUAGAGAUUCUACAAAAAACUCUUCCUUCAGAUCAUCCUGAUUUAGGUAUUCCAAACGGGAGUAUCGGUCUGGUGUAUUAUAACAUGGGAAAAUAUUCAAAAGCACUCUCAUAUUAUGAAAAAGCACUUGAAAUUCAAUUAAAAACUCUUCCUUCAGAUCAUAUUGAUUUGGCUUCUUUGUACAACAACAUCGGUACCGUGUAUGACAACAUUGGAGAGUACUCGAAAGCACUUUCAUACUACGAAAAAGCGCUUGAAAUUCGAGAAAAAACCCUUCCUACAAAUCAUCCUUCUCUGGCUGCUUUAUACAACAACAUCGGUUUGAUGUAUGGCAACAUUGGAGAGUACUCGAAAGCACUUUCAUCUCACGAAAAAGCACUUGAAAUUUAUCAAAAAACUCUUCCUCCAAAUCAUCCGUUAUUGGCUAUUUCAUACAACAACAUCGGUUUGAUGUUUAACAACAUGGGAGAUUACUCGAAAGCACUUUCAUCUCACGAAAAAGCACUUGAAAUUCAACUAAAAACUCUUCCUUCAAAUCAUCCGCAUUUGGCUUGUUCAUACAACAACAUUGGUAGCGUGUAUGACAACAUUGGGGAGUAUUCGAAAGCACUUUCAUACUACGAAAAAGCAUUCGAAAUUCAAGAAAAAUCUCUUUCUUCAGAUCAUCCUGAUUUAGCUGUUUCAUAUGGCAGUAUCGGUUUGGUGUAUUGCAGGAUGGAAAAGUAUUUGAAAGCACUUUCAUUCUACGAAAAAGCACUUGAAAUUCAAGAAAAAACUCUUCCUUCGAAUCAUCGUCAUUUGGCUACUUCAUACAACAACAUCGGUAGUGUGUGUCGCAACAUGGAAAAGUACUCGAAAGCUCUUUCAUAUUACGAAAAAUCAAUUAAAAUUAAACAAAAAGCUCUUCCUUCAGAUCAUCCUGAUUUAGGUAUUUCAAACGGGAGUAUCGGUCUGGUGUAUUAUAACAUGGGAAAAUAUUCAAAAGCACUCUCAUAUUAUGAAAAAGCACUUGAAAUUCAAUUAAAAACUCUUCCUUCAGAUCAUCCUGAUUUGGCUAUUUCAUACAACAAUAUCGCUCGUUUAUAUUACGAUAUGACAGACUAUUCGAAAGCAUUGUCAUAUUAUGAACAUGCUCUGCGCAUAUUAAAACGUACAUUGCCUCCAACUCAUCCUCAUAUCAGAAGUGUGCAAGGGAGUAUUGACGUUGUAAAAACGAAAUUAUAA